UUUGUGUGUUGUCUGCUCAGUGAUCCUGAACACCAGUGUGCUCUCUGUGUUCAGUUUGCAGAAAAAUAUGGAAAGAUUUUCAGCCUGCGGCUCUUUGGUGGGAGAAUUGUGUUCGUCUAUGACUACGAGCUGGUGAGAGAGGUCCUUAUCCAGAAAGGAGAGGACUACGAGGACCGCCCGACGAUACCAUUGUUUAGUGCAUUAGCUGGGAAUAAUGGUUUGUUGUUAUCAAACGGACAUCCUUGGAGGCAGCAGCGGAGAUUUGCUAUCCGGACCCUCAGAAACUUUGGUGUGGGGAAGAUGUCCCUGGAGCCGUCCAUCCAGCAGGAGAGCCACUUUCUCUCUGAGGCGUUCACCCUUCACAAAGGCAAGCCUUUUAACGCACAAUCCUUGAUAAACAACGCAGUGUCCAACAUCAUCUGCUGCCUGGUGUUCGGGGACCGCUUUGACUACGAUGACAAGCAGCACCAGUAUAUACUGGAGACCUUCAACGAGCUGGUGUACUUAGAGGGAGGAAUAUGGGCUCAUCUGUACAACACCCUGCCCGGCCUGAUGAAGCGACUGCCUGGACCCCACCAGAGGAUUUUCACUCUGACACAAGAUUUGCUUGACUACAUACAGACGAAGAUCAAGGAACACAGAGAGAGCUUUGACCCGUCCUUCCCCAGGGACUACAUCGACUGCUUCCUCACAGAGAUGGGAGAGGUGAUGGAUGAUAUAUGCUCUGUAUAGAGUGCUGCACGGAUGAUGUAUUAGUGUAGGCCGACCUGAAAGUUAUCAUCACAAGGGUCCCUCAACAGAAAGCAAAAUACAUUUUCCCUUGGGUUACAGAAUGUUGCAGAAAAUAAGAU